AUGGCCGACACUAUUCACGCCCGGAGGAUGGAUGUUCAUCGUCGCAUUGCUGGCCGAGACAUCUUUCAAAGCAUAGAUCCCCUAGGUCCCUUUACCUUUGGUCCCCCUAAUACGGUGCAGACUUCUCCGACCCUGGCUCCGGCACCGCCUUCAACCUCCAUACCUCCCACUAAGCCGACUACGACCCAGACCACUUCGGACGACAAACCAACUCCGUCAAACGCGACUACCGCCAAGACUUCGACUUCGUCGUCGCGUGUCUCGUCCACAACGGGCUCAUCUGCCUCGAACUCGACGGCUUCGUCCUCAAAGACGACGCCCACGACGUCGAGCACCGCGACUUCGACAUCAUCUACGUCGUCCUCGACUUCGUCGUCCACCUCAUCCUCGUCCUCAUCGUCCCCCUCCCCCACAAGUACUACUCAGUCUGCCAUCACUUCACUUACGACUUCAAAUCCUAUUGCGGUAUCUACCACCCCACUUAUACUUACAUCGACUGUCCCAACCGCGUCUUCGCUGUCGCCUUCUCUCACAGCUAAUGGCGCUGCCGCUAGUGCUUCUGCGUCCUCUGAUUCUGUCAGCACGGGGGCCAUCGUCGGCGGGGUUGCAGCUGGAAUUGUUGGCGUGGCUGGCAUAUUAUUCGCAGCACUCUACUUCUGGCGUCGCUCUCACAGGCACGAUGAUGACACCGAGGAUGAUUUCAGUGCGCGUGCACUCAGACACCAGUCGGUCAUUCUCCCAGACGAAGGUAUGCCAUCACGUUCGGGCUCCAUCCACCGCGGACCCAGCCCAACGCCCCCAAAUGUGAUGGAGCAGACCAUGACCGACGCCGGUAUGCCCGUAGCACUCGGUUCGGGAUCGACUUUCCAGGGCUACGGUGCGCACGGUGGGUACUACAAGGACCGUUAUCCCGCCGAGCAGUCGUUUGAACCGGGUCAAUACGUUCCUACGAACGCUGGAACGCCCGCGCAGCCGAUGAUGAAUCCAUUCGUGGCAUCGUACGGCCAAUUGCCCCUCGCCGCAGCUGCUGUCAACGGCUCUCCGUACGCCUACGCAAAUUCCGCGCAGCAGUCGGUCUCUGGGCAACCAUCGAACGUUGCAGGGCCGUACUUUGUUCACCGUUCACCCACCAGCCCAACGCCUGCGUUAACCCGCCAGCCAACCUUUGUUCCCGCCCAGAAUGUGUCGCACGCGCCGUCUAGCGUUGUCACGUCGAACUUAUACCGCCAGCCGUCCGAUAUUGUUGCUGACCUCCUGUCGCGACAACAGUUGGGAAAUGCGGCACAGUAUUUGAAACGACAGUCGCCUCCGGGGAACUCACCGCCAGGGCAGUCUGGUCCUGGUGCGCAUUAUGUUGAUCUGAGUCGCUCCAGUGUCACGCCGUUCCAGGCGGCGCAAUACUCGGAGAUCUCACGGCACUUAAACAUCUCUUCGCCAUUGCCCAUGCCGUCGCCGGAGGCUGCCGCUGAAGCGGCCCGCGUUGCUGUGAGGAGCGAUCCGACCGUGGCACAGAAUGCUGCAUCUCCUGCUCGCCAUUCUGGAAAUGCAAUGAUCGACACUGUGUCUAACCCGGAUGUCCCAGAUCGUGAGCAACUCAAGUCCCCCUUCGAUGAUCCUGAGGACGUGCAUGGAGUGGUGAUGGAUUCUGAAGGCCACGAUGACCGCUUCGUUGACGCUCCCGAGAGCGUUAGGUCGAAUCGCGACUCUUUUGCACCGCCCCCUUCGCCACGGUUCGAGUCUCACGUCCGUGUGCCAUCCACUCCGCCUAUUCUCCCAGAGAUUCAAGUCCCCCAGCGCUCAUUCUCGCCGAUCUCUACGCCUGCAUUCAUGACGCCCAUUGGACCUUCCCCGUUAGUUUCGUCGACAGUUUUACCGCCGCCUCCGGCACAUGUUGCACCGACUUCGUUCACGGAAGAUCCUACGAAGAGUCUCAUCGCCGCCGCUGGACUGGAUGAACCUGUUUCUGGCCAACGUGCACAGCGAGUCGAGUCAAUAUAUACGUUCUAUGACGAUAGCAAUACCCAUGUGGAUGCUUGA